CUGGAUGACUGUUUUCCUGCAGGCGCUGUUGUGUUGCUCUCUUGUGCCAGUCUCGGCAGAUAUAAACCAAUGAUUUCCUCUACGAUGCUUCAGAAGGGCGCCCGUGCCUCCCUCUGCAUUAGACUGCUACACUCUACACACAUCACUAGCAUGCCGAUUCAGGUUGGUCAACGUCUUCCUGCUGUAGAGGUCCAUGAGAAAGACCCAGGAAAUAAGCUCUCAAUGUCUGACCUCUUUAAGGGCAAAAAAGGAGUGCUGUUUGGCGUUCCAGGGGCAUUCACUCCUGGAUGUUCAAAGACUCAUCUCCCAGGGUUUAUAGAGAUGGCUGCAGAUUUGAAGGCCAAAGGUGUGCAGGAGAUUGCUUGCAUCUCUGUCAAUGAUGUAUUCGUUAUGUCUGCCUGGGGCAAGGAGAGUGGAGCAGAUGGCAAGGUGCGGAUGCUGGCUGACCCCACUGGAGCUUUUACAAAGGCAGUGGAUCUCUUUCUGGACAAUGAUCAUUUGAUGGAGGUGCUUGGGAAUUUGAGGUCUCAAAGGUACUCCAUGCUAAUUGAAGAUGGAGUGGUCAAGAAGCUCAACGUGGAGCCUGAUGGGACAGGCCUGACCUGCAGCUUGGCCUCAAACUUUCUGGGGGAUAUUUAAAAACAAAUGUAGACUUAACAGUAAGACACACAUUUCAUAGACCAAUUGUCAUUCCAAAAACACAGUGUAAUGGGAAAAACUCAUCAGAGAACAACACUAUUACAUAUGCUGUGAUGAAUCCAUAGUGAGAAACUGACUUGUUUACUUGGGAGCAAUAGUUUAGUUCUUCUUAUUUUGGUGAGUGAGGUUGGGUGAAUUCUGAAUGCACUUUUGGUUGUAUAUCACACAAUUCCCUGGCUCUUACUGUUACAAGAUUUAACUGUUACAACCUAGCUGUAAUAAAGUUUUUGCAUACCAAUGC